CAUAAUUUCUUUUUCUGACACGACCUUAGUGACGUCAACAGAUAUGCGAGAGGUGGAGCGUUCUUCUCCGGGCCCCAAGCGUUGCUUCCUAUAACCAAGACUGACGCGGCUGCAAAGGUACACAAAGUCACGUGACUGACGCCGGUUAGAACACAAACCCAUGGAGGACGAACACCGAUGCAAGCUGCACAGAACGGCGAGCGUUUUCGCUGCCACACCAACUCGGUCGCGGCGCGAUAUGGCAUCGCCCAGUGCUGGCAACCGUGCCGUUCUCGAGCUAUAACGGCAAGGCUUCCCACCAUCGACAGCGUCUAAAGGCACGGGGCGCCGCCAUUACCACAGCGAGCCGGAACUGGUGUGAGCGUGUGCGCAUGCGCGAGGCGUGAGACCAUUUACAAUAGUGCAAUCGGCGAAGGCUUUAUUUUUUUAUUUAUUUUUUCGUCGACUCUCGCAAACAGUAGCAUCGCACGCCACGAAAUAAACAGGGGCCCCGCCGCUUUCCAAGGCGCAAAACAACCAUGUUCGUGCGGGCCAGACUACUGGCGCUGUUGGUCGCGACCCUGGUCGGAUGCCAGAAUGCAGCCGACGCCGCGCGUUCCAAGGUCGCGGACUCCGACCCGCCGGAAGAGUCCAGCUCCGGGGUCAGGCACUACGAGGGUGUCGGCAAGGACACCACCAACGGCGUGAUCAAGGGCCUGAACGCGCUCGGCGACGGGAGAAGCGGCAACCAGGAGUUGCACAUCGAGAAGAACGACUUCGUCGACGUCUCGUGGCAGAGACGCCACCCGGAGCUCUUCCGCGUCAAGAGGAAAACGGCGACCAUCGCGCUGGACGUGAAGGACAACACGUACCGGGUGUGGACGCAAGACUACCCCGUCGCGGCACUGGCCGUCCUGCCUUACGGAGUGGGCGCCGUGCACCCUGCCGCCGUCUACCCCACCGCCGUGUACCCUGCUGAACCGGGCUACUCGGGUUACCCCGUGGUCGUAAGCGGAGGAGCUCCUGUACCCCUACCGGCACUGGCGCGCGCAGACUACGUGGCCGCGUCACCGUACUACCGCGGUUUGUACUCGCCUUCCUACAGCCUACCCUACGCUCCGCUACCCUGGGCGUCACCUUACGUCGGCGCCGGGUACCUGGUACCAGACACAACAGCCAGCUACCUUCCCGGAGCCCCGUUGUUCGCCGCGGGCUACCCAGACUACCCGGGCGUUUACUCGUCGCUACGCGAUCUCGAUUGGUCUGGAGACUACCUGCAAUAAACUUAGGCCUGUUUCCAAGUAGCGACGUCUGUUCGGGUGAACCCAUCGAUUCAGUGACGCUCCGAGCGCGAGUCCGCGCUGCUGUAUGAAGCCCUGCGUAGCAUAGGUAUCGACAUUAGAUAGAGAGGUUAUAUGCAGCUAAUCUGGUGCGCCCUAGUCUGCUACUGUGGACUGGGGAAGGUGUAAACGGAGCCAAAACUGUAGUGACGGAUGAUGCUGCUGCUGCUGCUGCUGCUUCUGAUGAUGAUGGUGAUGAUGAUGAUGAUGAUGAUGAUGAUGAUGAAUAGUCAUUGAAAGCCCUUUUCAGUGACGCGUCUUGCAGUGCAGGCUGGCCUAUAAUGUUCCAAAGGGCUACACACCCCGGACGACGGACAACAUAUGCGCUAAAUCUACAGAUGCGUAAAGUCACUGCCCGUUUGUUAAGUUUUAUACGCCUUGCGACAAAUCUCCCGAUUAAACAAAUCGGAACAGAAAAAGAGUACCAUGACACACGAGCCCGGCGCUAGCGCUCACGCGCUUGCCGACGCUGUCGCCUUAGUCUAAUAAUUAACGAUAUGGCUUUGCGAUAACGACGAUAACGACGACAACAUGAAAAAAAAAGAAAAAAAAAGGGAAAAAUAAUUAAAAAAAUUAUUAGCAGAGCGUGGUUUCGAUCCACGGACCUCUGGGUUAUGGGCCCAGCACGCUUCCACUGCGCCACUCUGCUGGACGAGAACGGCGGUGAAACUUUUCUCCUUUUGCGAUACUGUGGUACAAUUGCAGCUUGCAUUAUUGUGCAGGGCACGCAGCUGAUGUGCGUCUAUUUCAUCUGAAAACAUUUACUUGCGCACUUUGCAGCGUGUUUUAGUUCUUACUUGCAUAAUUUCAGAUCAACGCGCUAUGCACGUAAGAAACGACACCUUUCCACUUGCCGAAGCUGACUUGUCUGCGUAAAAAAAGAAAGAAAAAGAGGCACCGUUUGCACAUAAAUAAUUAAUUUUCUACGCAAAC